AUGCCGUGGGAUUUCGGUGUACUCAGCUUCAUUUGCGGCGCCAUCAAAUUAUCGUGGAUCAUAUACGAGAAGGGGUUUACGAAGGAGAAGUCGCUGCCUCUGACCGAUAUCGUGGGUAACUUCCGCUUGACGCUGGAACAAAGUCAGAAGUUGCUCAAUGGCGUCAGCAAAUUUCGUACUGGCAAAGACGGCUUCAUCACCAACAUCAUCUACAACCUGAACUCGGAUGCGCAGGUCAGAGAUUUGACUGAGCGGCUGAAAUUCCACACCGUCAAGAUUGGUCUCGUUCUCGACGCGUUCAACAUUCAUGUCCAAACACAGCUGCGGGAUCUCCACAAUGAACAACACCAAGACCUUGCGGAGCGAAUUCAGGAGCUGAAGCACCUACUUGUUGCUAGUCGAGAUUCACGCACCGACGCGUAUCAUCCGGUGAUCAAGCGAGAUAUAGAAGUCCCUGUCGAGCUUGCCAAGCGCUUCGCGGCGGAGAAGGACACGAUUGGUCAAGUAUUCAAAGCUCAAAUCCAGGCGGUCUCUAUGAUAGGUGCAUCAGGGAAACGGAUAGACGACUUCGCAUAG